GUUUUCCUAAAACCAACUAAAUUCAUUUAUACUUUAGACUUAUAUUAAUAAAAGUAGUAACGAUAGGCAUAACAACUAGUUGCUCUUUGUUUUACAUGUAAUGAAUUUUCGCCCAACUACUGAUUUUUCUCUUUGGUGCAGACGUUUUAUAUUUCAAAAAUUCAAAAUGUAAACAGUGGCUGUACAACAAUAUCUCCUCCAACUGAUGGUAUUUUAAUUUUGUGUUACCAAAACGAAGUUGACAUAACUACUCGCCUUUUUAAUUAAAUAUUUAAAAUUUGAAUUAACUACUAUUAGUUGUUAAUAAUGCCAGUUAUCAACCAGAAAAAGUAUGAAAUUGCAUUCAAGAAUCUCCGUCAUAGAGAGAUAGCUUGCUUAGUGCAAGCUGUACCAAAGAAAAACUGUAAAAUUUCUUCUAACUCAAAAACCUGCAAUGGUCAAGAUAAAAAUGGAUCAAAGAUACUUAAAAGUCUUAAAAAGAAGUUGAAUCGAAUCCCCACAACACUGACAAAAAAUUCAAAACCACUGUCACAAUUGGAUACAAAGAGCCAGGUCACUUCUAAAGUUAUGAAAAAGAGAGUGAUUGAGGAAAAAAAGAUGUAUAUUGCUGAUUCACCAAUAAAGAAAGCCACAACUUAUUGUAACUCCACAUCAGGCAUAGCCAAAAAAGAUGACUCUCUUGAUUUUAAAGCAGACAUCUUUAAAACAAGUUCUUAUUGUGAAAAGAAGAUGGACAAUGCUGAGUCACCAAAAAAGCAAAAUCAAGAUUGCAAACUUCAAAACCUCUCUGCUUCUGAACUCUCCUCAGACAUUUUUAAAAAUGUUGAUCCUCCAGUUUGCACAGCAGAGCCUGGUCCCAGAAAAAGAUCUUACUAUAAACAGGCCAUUUCUUGUGCCAAGAUAACAGCAAUAUCUGAUGAAGGACCAGCAUCAUCAUCAUCAGCGUUCUCAUGCUAUGGUGUCCCUGUCAUGACUCAACAACCAAUGACAUUCUAUAGGAAAGAGUUGAAAAUCCCAGCAGUGCCGCACAACACACCUAUUAUGACUCAAGCUCGUGAAACCUGUAUUGCCAAUCGCUCCUCCAUAUUUAAUAGACCUACCUACAACACCUGUGAGGUUAUAACCAUCGGCAAACGGGGUCGAGGACGCCCCCGUCUUUCAGCACCAGUAAUGGGUGUUGGCACAGAACACAGCCAGGUGAACCAGAGGUCCAAGUCUAGCCAACGAGGCAGAGGCUAUAGGAAUGAGUGGGAACAAGAGGAGGAAGAACAUGACCAAGAGAUGUCUGCGUACGAGAUGUUACGGCAGAAGAACAUUGAAGAGAACCUCAGGAAGUUGAGAGAGAUAUUCAGUGAGCAAGGUCUACAUUUUGAAAAGAAGACAUCUGAAACUCCUAAGAAAAGGAAGAGUUACACAAGGAACCCUCUGCCUCCCCCUCGGCCCAAGUCUCAGAGAAUGGUCCGACGUUCCUCUCUGCCUCUGGACUUCUGCGAUCUUGACGAGAAACUGAUAAGCGAAUCACCUUAGUCAUCCCACAUUGUGUUGUAGUUUAGUUUAAAAUAAAUUUAGUAGAUUUGUAUCAUCAUAAAUAAUAAAUAAAUACUUUAUAGUAUGGGU